UGAAAAAUAAAACACGGUUGAAGGUAGUCUUGAUGUAGUGUUUGUUCUGUCAAAAGCAUGACUUGCUGUGCUGACUGUGACUGCCCAGUCGCUGACUGGGUUUCACUGAACAAAUGCGUUGUGCUAUGCAGUGAGUGUGCAUCAGUUCACAGAAGUUUGGGAAGCCAUAUUUCGUAUGUUAAGCCAAUGAUGCUUCUUAAAAACUCGGCUCAGUUCAAGCUGGUGGAAGCAAUUUGCAAGAGCAAUGGAAAUGCUGUGUGGGAGGAAAAUAUAUCAAAAGCCAUGUCUAAAAACCAGAAGAAACCAUCGAAAGAUGAUAAAAUAACAGCAAAGAGUGAUUUCAUUCGGGCAAAAUAUGCGGGAUUAAAUUUUGUAAAGAGAACCGAAGAUGUACUUUCACCAUCAGAACUGAGCAAAACUCUUCAAAUAGCUGUGAAGACACCUCAUUUGGAGUCGACACUGAGAUGUAUCAUAAUGGGUGCCAAUGUCAACAUGAAAAAUGGGAUGACGGGAAUGGCUCCUCUGCAUCUAUCCGCUCAAUCGGGAGUUGAGAUCCAAGUUGAGCUUCUCGUUCUAAAUGGGGCAGAUGUGUGUGCGACUGACUUCGAGGAUCGGCUGCCUGAACAGGUUGCCAAAGACUACAGGAAACUGGGCCUGGCCGCUAGAUUGACAGAGUUGAGAUAUCAAGUGACAGACAAGCUGACGUAUUUCAUCUCUGCUCAGCGACCCAAGCAUGCGAAAGGGGAGCAUAUAUUGAUUCCGAGGCUGAAAGAAUCGUCCUGCGAUUCAGCCCAGUUGAUGAAAAACGCUAUCGAGAAGCUACAAUCGCUGAGUGAUGAGCAGUUUUGUGAUCUAGUAUCUGAUCUGUUUGACGAAGUGGAGCGUCGGGAGGUGGAUGGAUACCUGGUGUCCAGUUCCAACGACCCCUUCGAGCAGCCCAACAUCAACAUCGUGCCUUUCCUGCCCCUCAACCCUAGCUUCUCUUCCACCCGUAACCAGAGCCGCCAGAAGCUGGCCCGAUUCAAUUCUCGCGAGUUGAACACUUUCAUACGAGACGUGCUAAUCGAAACAAGACGAAGACAGAUGCAGUUGCAGCCAGAACAAAUUGAUCUAACAACAGGAGAACUGCUCUACCAAGAAGACGAUUAUGAAGAGCCUUCUGCCUUCGCCCAGAAUACUUCGCCUUUGCCCAUGCACAAGUCAGGAGGUCCGAGAAGGCACUCAAUCUCACAUCAGAACUCAAACCACAACAACCAAACUUCGUCUGACGAUUUCCAACCUUCGCAUUCGCACGACAACAAACGCAGACCGAACAGCAAGUUAAUCAACACCGGCUAUAAUCUGGAGUCGCCGAGUCAGGAGACACCACCGGAGGGGAGCAACCGUUUCUCACGGACAAUGGGAAGCAACAUCAGUGGCAACACGAGCGGAUCUUCGCCGAGACCACCUAACCAUCUGAACUACGACGUCCCCGCUGGUUCUCCAGUUGGCGUAAACCCCGACUCUUCGUUCAGUGAAACACUGCGUCUGGCCUUGGACCGAAUUAAGGUUCUGGAGACCACAAAUAAAGACUUAGAAGAGCGAAUCAAAACUCAGGAACGCAUGAUUUUGGAACUGGUAGAACGAAACCAUUUCCUGUCAAAGUCAAAUCAGGACUGCAUUUGCGGCAAAGGAGACAGGGUUCUGGAAUCCCAGACACCUGGGAGACCAGCUUCGAUAGCAACGGGAAGCACUCGUCGCGAGACACCGACACCUGGAUUUGUGGAAAGUGUGAAAAAACCGACGUUUACACCUUCAGCAGCGACGAUUCAGGAGUACAGUGGGCACGAGUAUAGCGUGCCGAGUACGUGUUUCCAGGAGUAUGACGUAGUGAGUGAACUCGCUGCCGACAUCCCGAAGACGGCAACGUCAUCAUCUCGGAAGGAGGAAAGUGAUAGCGGAUUCAACGAGACGAGAUCAUCAGGCGAAGAUGCUAACAACGAGGAGGUGAAAAGGCAACGUCAACUUGAGGGUUCGGUGAUCGAGUCUUCAGGCGAGAUCUCUAUUGACGAAAAAUGCACCAGAUUUACCCCGCCUCACUUCGCAUCAGUGAACCAGGAAUUUGAUGUGAAUAAACCACCCGAGCUGCCUCCAAAAGGCAUUCCACCACCAUCAAACGUUCACAGUUCCAAUUCAACUGAUGAAAACAAUUCGACUAAGAGUAACAGUCGUACUAGUGGAGAUAGCAACCAGUCCCAAUCUAGCAACUCAUCAUCCUCUCAAACUCAACAACAAAAGACUGCCGUCCCGAAAACAUCCCCCACUCCCCUUGGCAGCCCCAACCCGACAAGUCCCCCCACCCCGAAUCCAAAUGCACCGCCCCCCACAGAAGACGUGGAAGUUACAUUGGUAAGGCAGAAAACAGAGCAGUUGACGAGGAAAAUUAAGAUUAUGUGGCAAGCGUGCCAAGAGCAGAGACAUGAUUGUUUCGUCUCUUGCUCCGACAACAUCAGGGCUCUAGUCACGGAGUUCAUCGCUUUAUUUUCACAGAAAUACUUGGAGGCUCAUGGGAGUGUGGUGAAAUCUCCCCUGGAGUUGAUGGACAACAGUUCCUACAGACUACAAAUAGAGUGCAAAUCUGCAUUCGAUGAGCUGGAACCAUACACAGAUCAGGAGCUAAUAGUCACAGUCAUCAACCAGAUAUUCAUCUGCUGCGUAGACAUUGCACACGGAAUCAAAGCUGUUGUCCAGUAUCUACAAAUAGACUAAGCUAACUGAAUUCGGGGGCGUAGCGAUUAGCAUGUGUGCAUAUUAACAUGCGGUAAUUGCUUUUAUCGGGUGUGCAUCCAGGCGUAAAACAAAAUAGCCAAAGUUUUUAAUCGACACGCAUGCUAAUAGCAUGGUCUCCACAAAAUUCAAUGUAAAAUGAGUUUAAAAAACUCGGACCAUAAUGCUGAAAGUGUAAAUUAAUUUCUCCAAAUAGAUCUUGGACGAUUGACAUAAAGACAAAAACUUUUCACGAUUAUUCAACAGGACCUCAGCUAGUGCAGUAGAGCAAAUGUCUCAAAAAUUACAGCACGAUCGAAUCAAAAUUUGAAGUCUUCGAAUAAAAUUGUUCGGUUGCAUUUAGAUGAUCGGCGUCGAGUAGCAGAAAUUAAUAUUUGGACGGAGAGUGUUUAUUUUUGUACAAAAUUUAUCGAAACUAUUUUGAUAUUCUUCCAAGUAUUGUUUGAUGAUUUUGAUAUGUUUGGCGCAAGAUAUUUUGCAUGUUUUCAGAUAUAAACGUGCGAAAGGUUCCUUAGAAAAAGUCGAAGCGCAUUUGAAUUAAAUUUGGAGCAUGAUGAUGAUUUCGAAUUAUCAGUGAAUUCUGAACAUGAAUUAUUGCAGCUUUAUUUCCAUGUCAUGAGAUCGUGAAAGUUAUAUUCCUGUGUUAGAAUUGGCGUAGUAUUAAAUUAAUUUGAGUUGUUUUACCAUUUCUAUCCUUGAAAUCAAAGAAUGUCCGUUUUGUAUUUUGUUUACAUUAUGUUAAUUAACAGACAAAUGCACAAUCUAAUUUAAAUGAUCGAUUCUAUUGUUGAAAUUUAUUUUUGGCGAAUUC